UUGGGUUUUUAUCCCUGCUACCCCAGAGUCUGGCUGUUCUCCUCCUCGUACCGCUUUGCGGAGGGUUGGACUAGAUGACCUUUGGGGUUCCCCACCUAUCAAUGCUCCCUUGCUGCCCAUUAAUUGGUUCCCAAGCCUUCUAAAUACUCCUCUUCUGUGAGCUCGACCCCUUGGUCUGCACCCCCAACUGAAACGGAACUUGUGUAUUUGCAUUUGCUCGCAUUCAUACUUUGCUUCUAUCUCUACUUUCUGGUCUUUCUGUCGUUUCCCUGACUGCUGAAAGUUAAGACGGUAUUCUCUUUGGAGCGGGUACUUUUAUGUCUUGUUCCUCUCUCUUGCUUAUGUUACUUCUUUAGAACCUCAUAAAGUGGUGACAGUGGUGCAAUAACUUUAUUUAGACUGUUAGAAGAAUUCUGAGAAUAAAUCUUCAUAAAUGCACAAGGUGUUAUCUUAAGUUUUGUAUAUAGUCUGGACACAAUGAAAGUGAAAAUCAAGAGCUGGCAUGGCGUUGCCUCUUGGCUCUGGGUUGCCAAUGAUGAGAACUGUGGCAUUUGCCGGAUGGCCUUUAAUGGCUGCUGCCCAGACUGUAAAGUGCCUGGAGAUGACUGUCCCCUAGUGUGGGGCCAGUGUUCCCACUGCUUCCACAUGCAUUGCAUUCUCAAAUGGCUUAACUCCCAGCAAGUCCAGCAACACUGUCCAAUGUGUCGACAGGAAUGGAAGUUCAAAGAGUGACACUGGCAAGAUUUCUUCCUCUCCCCAACACCUCUUUGGCUUUGUGGACUGAUUUAUUCCCCACUCCCUUCCCCAAGCUUGGCGAGCUUGCUACUUUAUAAUGCCACACUUACCUUCAUCCUUCCCAGAGCUGCUGAAGAGAGAGGUGGAUGUGGUGGAACAUAUCCUAUGUUUUUGCCUCUGUUUGUGCUGUGACCACAAAGUCUCUACAAUGUAUGAAGUAUAAGGCUAUGCUGGUUGGAAGGUUAGAAUACCCGACAGGCAAAUGUCAUGAGAGAUUUGUGCUAUUUUACAACAUCUGAACCACCUCGUUGAUGUUUAUGUCUGUGUCUUGGUGAAUUGCCUUGGUAAUGCACAUGAGGUGCUUGCAAAUGAGGUCUGAUUUCAAGGAGCUGCUUUGUACAACUGCACAAAAGGUUAAGAAAGCUGUUCUAAAUCUUCUUGUUAAACUUAUCCCCCAACUAUUGUAGUAUCUUUAAAAUUAUUUGUAAUUUAUUUGUAAUUAUUGUUUAACAAUAAGAACAACAAACAUCACCAACUAUUGCAUUCUGAGGCAUGAAGCAGUUAACCUCUUUUCUGCUUCUUACAAGAAGUGCUUAUAUAUGAACAAGGAUUCUUGGUUUCCUGUUGCUAUGUAGCCCCACUGAUAGCCGUAUAAUUUGGUCGAGGAUCUAAGCUUUUGAGUGUAAAUAGUGUUAGAGAUUGGGGGUUGCUCUAGGCUUGUGUCCUCGUCUUACUACACAUUUGGCCUGCAGUACAAUAAUAUGUUUGUUCCCAAAAGGCUGUAAUACCAGAUCUUUCUGAUUGCCAAGUGCUUGCCCACAGUGAGUUACCAUUUGUACAUGGGAUGGUUCCAGUAAAUUUUGUGAGUCAUUCCUUUAA